AUGAUAAACAAAAAUUUGGAUCUUAUUAAGGAAUUUUGCAAAGAGCUAGACAUUGAUUUUGUGAAUGACGAAAUUAUUAAUUGUAUGUAUGAGCUAAUAGAAAUGGGGAUGGAUCCAGUAGAACUUAUUCGUGUUGUUGAUCAGAUAUUAGAAGAAGUUAAAUGUUUAUAA